GUCUCUUUACACAAACUCCUGCAUGAAAGGUAUCCUGUAUCCUGUCUUUGGACUUCAAUUAUAGUCGCAAUGGGAAACUGUUGCCAAAGUUUGUGGAACUCUCCUAAAAACACUGAUAUCCGGAUCAGCCUGCCAGCUGUUUGCUUUGUUUGGCAAACUGCCAUGAUCAUCCUAUUUGGGGUCUUUGUGCGUUAUAAUGAAGAGUCUGAUGCUCACUGGUCUGAAUUUAUGAAAGAGAAGAAUAUUUCAAGUAAUAUUGAAAAUGAUUUCUACUACAGAUAUCCAAGUUUCCAAGAUGUUCAUGUCAUGAUCUUUGUGGGUUUUGGCUUCCUCAUGACUUUUUUGAAGCGCUACAGCUUUGGUGGAGUGGGCUUCAACUUCCUUAUUGCUGCUUUUGGGCUUCAGUGGGCCCUGCUGAUGCAAGGCUGGUUCCACUCACUGGACCCAGCAGAUGGCAAGAUUAAGAUUGGAGUAGAAAAUAUCAUCAAUGCUGACUUCUGUGUGGCGGGGUGCCUAAUCGCGUAUGGAGCUUGUCUGGGAAAAGUCAGUCCUGUACAGCUGAUGGUGUUAACUCUGUUUGGAAUCACCUUAUUUGCAGUAGAAGAGUACAUCAUCCUCUAUCUUUUGAAUGCCAAAGAUGCUGGUGGCUCCAUGGUCAUCCACACAUUUGGAGCAUAUUAUGGUCUGACAAUAUCGUGGGUGCUCUAUCGACCAACUUUAAACCAGAACAAACGUCUGCAAGGAUCCACUUACCACUCUGAUGUCUUUGCUAUGAUUGGCACUCUCUUCCUCUGGAUGUACUGGCCCAGUUUCAACUCUGCCAUUGCACAUCAUGGAGAUGGGCAACACCGAGCUGCCAUCAACACGUACCUGGCCUUGGCAUCCAGCGUCCUCUCUACCUUCGCCAUAUCUAGUCUUUCUGCCAAGAAGGGCAAAUUAGACAUGGUUCAUAUCCAGAAUGCCACCCUGGCUGGAGGUGUUGCAAUGGGAACUGCAGCUGAAUUUAUGAUCACACCCUAUGGCUCACUUAUUGUUGGCUUCCUCUGUGGGCUCAUCUCUACUUUUGGCUACGUAGUGUUAACUCCUUUCCUCGAGAAAACCUUGAAGAUCCAGGACACUUGUGGGAUUCAUAAUUUACAUGCCAUGCCAGGAGUCCUUGGAGCAAUUGUAGGUGCCAUUACAGCUGCCACUGCCAGCGAGUCUGUCUAUUCACAUGAAGGAUUGAUCAGCACAUUUGGAUUCACGGGUAAAUUUGCAACAAGGUCGCCACAAACACAGGGAGGCUAUCAGGCUGCUGCUCUUUUUGUGGCUCUUGCCUUUGCACUAGUCGGCGGAGCAAUAGUGGGUUUUAUCUUGAAACUGCCUAUAUGGGGAGACCCAGCUGACGAUAACUGCUUUGAUGAUGAAGUGUACUGGGAGCUACCUGAAGAUGAAGAAAAUAUCUCGCCAAUCCUGGAAUACAACAACCACUUUGCUAACAAACAAUCUGACACAUGUCAGAGUCCAGCUUCUCCGUAGAGCAGAGCUAAUCAGAUUUGGAAAAUUAUACAGAGAUGAUGCAGAUCAGUGCUGAAUGAAACCUGCUGGACGAGGCCUUGGCAACCAGGAAAUCUAUGAUAUAAUAGCAUUUUGCUUGAUUUAACAGCCAAAUUAAAACUGAAAAUUACUAGGUGCCAUUUCUGUAAUACUAAUUGCUUUAUUAACAUUUUGCUGUAUGUAUGUAUGUAUGUAUGUAUGUAUGUAUGUAUGUGUGUGUGUGUAUGUGUGUGUGUGUGUAUGUGUGUGUGGUAAACUAAUUUUGUUUUCAUGGUUGAUCAUUGACAAAUGCAUUUUUUUCAAGAAAGAAUUAGCACAUUUUGUUUAAUGAACAUAUGUACAAAGGCUUGAGUUAUCUUUUUCUUCUCUCCAGAAUUGAAUGGUUGAGGCUUUAUUACUGCCCUUUAUUACUGUGUGAUAUUUAUUCAGAUUGUGCAUCGUAUUGUAUUUUUAGGUUUGUGAAUGUGACUGAUUUUAUUUAAUGCCUUAUGCAUGCAUUAUUAUUAUUAUUAUCUGCUGGCAUUAAAGUAAACAUUUAAAUUAA